AUGGCCGCUGAGGUUUUACGUCAGCCCAACAUGGUAUCGGCGGUCCAGUCCAUUCCCAUUCAAGCAUAUCACAUGUACUCUCACUUCCCGCCGCGGUCCAGAGAAAGUGAGUUUACAAUAAUACAGCUGGCUGAAGAUAAAUUUUUCGUUUUUUGUGAAACACUGAAAACACGUUGCUGAGAGUGUUCCUGAUCCCGCUGAAAACUUUCGUGAGAAUAUAUUUUGUGAAAAAGUUGUUGCAGAUGUGAAGAAAGUUUAUUACUGUCAGAGAUGUUUGAAUCAUGAUACGCCAAGGCCUCGCAAGAAUCAUAAGGUUUGCUCAUCUGCUCUAAAAAUACAAUGCCAGUUCAUGUUUUUUCUUGUUCCAGUGUGAAUGCCCAUAUGCCGAUUGCAAUUGCGAAAAAUGCGGGCUGGUUGAAAAGCGGAGAAUCUUGAACUGGCAACUGUCAAUAUACAACUCGGAGGGGGAUAUGGAGAAGAAGUCCGACGACGACGAUGACAGAAAGUUGAAAGGAGGUCAGUCCCUAUCAGAUCGGUCUUAA